AUGGAGUUUCCAUCUCCUAACAGCUCCGGAACCGUUCCUCCGAAGAGAGGCCGGAUCAAGAUCAUGAUCGCUCGCGAUCUACUCGGAUCAACGACUUCAAUCCGAUCGCCUCCGAGGAGAAGCCGAAUCAAGAUCAUGAUCGCUCGCGAUCUGAUCAGAUCGGCAACUUCAAUCAUCUCGCCAAGAACACAGAACAACUACGGCGGAGACGACAAGAGGGGAGGCUGA